GGUCUCCCAGGCUCACCUGGAGGAGUCAGGGUCUCAUUUCCAAGUGCACUGGGAACUGCAGCCUGGGGGUGGGGGUUCAUUUGGUUUCAGGCCUGUGGCCAAGAGACCUACCCCCUCAUAUUCACACUUUGGCCUCCACGGGCUUCAGAGAUAGUACCAGCUCUUUGUUCUCGCUGGUUUUCCUUCCUCACCUUGGGCUGUUUCUUGCCUUUUCCAUUCUGGUGUUCUGCAAGGACCAGUUCCUUCAUCUCAUGCACAGUCUACACUCAUGGCUUUUGCUGGGAGUAAUGAGUAAAGCUCCCAAAUAGAUGUUUCUGAGUUAAAACACUGAACACAAAAUGAAGCAAAAACAACGCAUUUCCAACCUCCCAAGGUCACAUGAUGUCCAGAGGACAGUGAUGGGCAAUAACUUUUUGUCUUCCCCAUUAGAAUGCAAGCUCCACGAAUGGAACAUAGAGUUUUUUAUUUUUUAUUGUUUUUUGAGACGGAGUCUUGCUCUGUCACCCAGGCUGGAGCAAUCUUGGCUCACUGCAACCUCCGCCUUCUGGGUACAAGCAAUUCUCCCGCCUCAGCCUCCUGAGUAGCUGGGUCUACAGGCGUGCACCACCACGCCCAGCUAAUUUUUGUAUUUUUAUUAGAGACGAGGUUUCAUCAUGUUUGCCAGGCUGGUCCGGAACCCCUGAGCUCAGGCAAUCCGCCCGACUUGGCCUCCCAAAGUGCUAGGAUUACAGGUGUGAGCCACUACACACGGCCAGAACAUAGAGAUUUUUUAUGUUUAAUUCACAACCGAGUCUUCAGUGCCUAGAACAGGUGCUCAGUAAAUAUUUAUUGAAGGAAUGAAUUCCUUUUUGUAUUUCUUGUAUCUAUCACCAGAUACUCUUGUAUCUAGUACCUGCUUGGCAUACAGUAGAUAGAAAGCUUUGCUGAGUGAAUAGCUCUGCCUUUCGUCUUUUUUGAUAUGUGUACAUCUUUUAAAAAAUAAUGAAUAGACUUUGUUUUAGAGCUGUUUUGGUUUACAGCAAAACUAAGCAGAAAGAAAAUAUCCCCUUCCACAAACAUCCUGGACUGUACAGCCUCCCCUACCAUCAACAUCCUGCAUUACUGUGGAAUAUUUGUUACACCUGAUAACCAACAUAGAUUCAUGGUUACAAAAAUGAACCAAUAUGGAUAAAACAUAUACAUUAUCAGCCAAAGUCCAGUUUGUUAGGUUUUGCUCUUUGUGUAUAUUCAAGAUACAUUUGACAAAUGUAUAGAGAUGUACCCAACACUGUAAUAUCAGACUCCACUGCCCUAAAAAUCCCUUGUGCCCCACCUAUCCAUCCCUCCUUCCUUGCAAAUCCCUGGCAGCCACUGAUCUUUUUUACUAUCUCCGUAGUUUUUCCUUUUCCAGAAUGUCACAUAGUUGGAAUCAUGCAUUAUGUAGUCUUCUCAGAUUGGCUUCUUUCACUUAGAUUUAUACAUUUAGGAUUGCUCAAGGAUUUUUUGUGUGUGUGUGUGUGUGGCUUCAGAGCUCAUUUCCUUUUAGCACUUAAUAUUCCAUUGUAUAGAUGUACCACAGCUUAUCUGUCCACCCAUUAAAUGAUAUCUUGGAUGCCCUCAAGUUUUGGCAAUUAUGAAUAAAGCUGCUAUAGACAUUCUUGUACAGGUGUUCGUAUGGGCACAAGCUUUCAACUCGUUUGGGUAAAUACCAAGCUGUGGAGUUGCUUCAUCUUAUGGUAAGAAGAGCUUGGUUAAGAAAUUGCCAAAAUGUCUUCCAGACUCUAACAUUAGGCAUUCCCACUAGGAAUGUAUGGGAGUUCCUUGUGCUCCAGAUCUUCAUCAACAUUUGUUGUUGUCAGUGUUCUGAAUUUUAGCCAUUCUAAUAAAUGUGUAAUAGUAUUUCAGUUUUUUUAAAUUGCAAUUCUUUAAUGACAUGAUAUUGAGCAUCUUUUCAUAUGCAUAUACAUCCAUGGUGAGGUGACUGUUCAGAGCUUUUGCCCACUUUUAAUCAAGUUGCACAUUUUCAUAUUGUUGCAUUUUAAGAGGGUUUUUUUUGGUAUAUUUUGGGUCACAGUGCUUUAUCAGAUAUGUCUUUUGCAAAUAUUUUCUCCCAGUCUGUGGCUCGUGUUGUGAACGUGGCUCGUUCUCUUGACAUACAUAUCUUUUCACAGUAUGUAAUCCUGUUGUGCUUUUUUUUUUUCCUUUUGAGACGGAAUCUUGCUCUUGUCACCCAGGCUGAAGUGCAGUGGUGCAAUCUCGGAUCACUACAAUCUCCACCUCCCAGGUUCAAGGGAUUCUCCUGCCUCAGCCUCCCGAGUAGCUGGGAUUGCUGGUGCCCGCCACCACGCCCAAUUGAUUUUUGUAUUUUUUAGUAGAGAUGGGGUUUCACCAUGUUGGCCAGGUUGGUCUCGAACUGCUGACCUCAAGUGAUCCGCCCGCCUUGGCUUCCCAAAGUGCUGGGAUUACAGGCGUGAACAACCGCGCCCGGCCUGAUGUGCAUAUAAUUUUAUUAUUUGAUUUUUAAUAUAACAUGAAUAGCAUGCAGUUCCAACUUUGCUCGAGACUUCACAAUUACCAUUUUAAAGGGCUGCAAAAUAAUCACAUUUCCUCCUCGACAGCCCCACUUUACAGAUGAAGGUAGAGGAAUGCUAACUUGCCUAUGCUAACCCGCAGAGCUCUGAAUCCUCCGGAUAGCGCCCCCGCUGUAAUCCACCCAGUGCUUCCCUCCAGACCCUUCUCCCUCUCGUGCGCGCGGAGGUUUCGGUUUCCUCUUUUACGUAGGCCGCCCCACUCGCUUGAAAACAAAGUCCGCGAUCCUCUAGCCCGCAAGAGAGCUCCGGGACUCAGACCCUGGGCGCGAGGUCCCACGAGCGGCGGGGCGGCGCUCUCGCGGUCCUCCUCCCCGGCAAGGGCCGGGGCAGGGGGAGGAGGCAGCGCGAACAGUCCACGCCCUCCAGCCGGGCGCGCUCGACGCGGACGGCGGGCCAGCUGCCGGAGCGCGGCGACUCCAGAGGACCCACAGCUGGGGCGCCAGAGCGCGGCCAUCCGGGCGGGGACGACGGAGCGCGGCAGGACUUGGCUGGACGGCGCGGCCACGGAGAAGGGCGCGGGUACAGCUCUGCCGGGGGGGAAAAAAGUGCUACCAUUUUGGGCGUUCUUGAGCUUCAGAAUGCAACCAGACAUGUCCUUGAAUGUCAUUAAGAUGAAAUCCAGUGACUUCCUGGAGAGUGCAGAACUGGACAGCGGAGGCUUCGGGAAGGUGUCUCUGUGUUUCCACAGAACCCAGGGACUCAUGAUCAUGAAAACAGUGUACAAGGGGCCCAACUGCAUUGAGCACAACGAGGCCCUCUUGGAGGAGGCGAAGAUGAUGAACAGACUGAGACACAGCCGGGUGGUGAAGCUCCUGGGCGUCAUCAUAGAGGAAGGGAAGUACUCCCUGGUGAUGGAGUACAUGGAGAAGGGCAACCUGAUGCACGUGCUGAAAGCCGAGAUGAGUACUCCGCUUUCUGUAAAAGGAAGGAUAAUUUUGGAAAUCAUUGAAGGAAUGUGCUACUUACAUGGAAAAGGCGUGAUACACAAGGACCUGAAGCCUGAAAAUAUCCUUGUUGAUAAUGACUUCCACAUUAAGAUCGCAGACCUCGGCCUUGCCUCCUUUAAGAUGUGGAGCAAACUGAAUAAUGAAGAGCACAAUGAGCUGAGGGAAGUGGACGGCACCGCUAGGAAGAAUGGCGGCACCCUCUACUACAUGGCGCCCGAGCACCUGAAUGACGUCAACGCAAAGCCCACAGAGAAGUCGGAUGUGUACAGCUUUGCUGUAGUACUCUGGGCGAUAUUUGCAAAUAAGGAGCCAUAUGAAAAUGCUAUCUGUGAGCAGCAGUUGAUAAUGUGCAUAAAAUCUGGGAACAGGCCAGAUGUGGAUGACAUCACUGAGUACUGCCCAAGAGAAAUUAUCAGUCUCAUGAAGCUCUGCUGGGAAGCGAAUCCGGAAGCUCGGCCGACAUUUCCUGGCAUUGAAGAAAAAUUUAGGCCUUUUUAUUUAAAUCAAUUAGAAGAAAGUGUAGAAGAGGACGUGAAGAGUUUAAAGAAAGAGUAUUCAAACGAAAAUGCAGUUGUGAAGAGAAUGCAGUCUCUUCAACUUGAUUGUGUGGCAGUACCUUCAAGCCGGUCAAAUUCAGCCACAGAGCAGCCUGGUUCACUGCACAGUUCCCAGGGACUUGGGAUGGGUCCUGUGGAGGAGUCCUGGUUUGCCCCCUCCCUGGAGCACCCACAAGAAGAGAAUGAGCCCAGCCUGCAGAGUAAACUCCAAGACGAAGCCAACUACCAUCUUUAUGGCAGCCGCAUGGACAGGCAGACGAAACAGCAGCCCAGACAGAAUGUGGCUUACAACAGAGAGGAGGAAAGGAGACGCAGGGUCUCCCAUGACCCUUUUGCACAGCAAAGACCUUACGAGAAUUUUCAGAAUAUGGAGGGAAAAGGCACUGCUUAUUCCAGUGCAGCCAGUCAUGGUAAUGCAGUGCACCAGCCCUCAGGGCUCACCAGCCAACCUCAAGUACUGUAUCAGAACAAUGGAUUAUAUAGCUCACAUGGCUUUGGAACAAGACCACUGGAUCCAGGAACAGCAGGUCCCAGAGUUUGGUACAGGCCAAUUCCAAGUCAUAUGCCUAGUCUGCAUAAUAUCCCAGUGCCUGAGACCAACUAUCUAGGAAAUACACCCACCAUGCCAUUCAGCUCCUUGCCACCAACAGAUGAAUCUAUAAAAUAUACCAUAUACAAUAGUACUGGCAUUCAGAUUGGAGCCUACAAUUAUAUGGAGAUUGGUGGGACGAGUUCAUCACUACUAGACAGCACAAAUACGAACUUCAAAGAAGAGCCAUCUGCUAAGUACCAAGCUAUCUUUGAUAAUACCACUAGUCUGACGGAUAAACAUCUGGACCCAAUCAGGGAAAAUCUGGGAAAGCACUGGAAAAACUGUGCCCGUAAACUGGGCUUCACACAAUCUCAGAUUGAUGAAAUUGACCAUGACUAUGAGCGAGAUGGACUAAAAGAAAAGGUUUACCAGAUGCUCCAAAAGUGGGUGAUGAGGGAAGGCAUUAAAGGAGCCACAGUGGGGAAGCUGGCCCAGGCGCUCCACCAGUGUUCCAGGAUCGACCUUCUGAGCAGCUUGAUUUACGUCAGCCAGAACUAACCCUGGAUGGGCUACGGCAGCUGAAGUGGACGCCUCACUUAGUGAAUAACCCCAGAAAGUUGGCUGCCUCAGAGCAUUCAGAAUUCUGUCCUCACUGAUAGGGGUUCUGUGUCUGCAGAAAUAUUGUUUCCUGUACUUCAUAGCUGGAGAAUGGGGAAAGAAAUCUGCAGCAAAGGGGUCUCACUCUGUUGCCAGGCUGGUCUCAAACUUCUGGACUCAAGUGAUCCUCCCGCCUCGGCCUUCCAAAGUGCUGGGAUAUCAGGCACUGAGCCACUGCGCCCAGCCAACAAUCCGCUCUGAGGAAAGCGUAAGCAGGAAGACCUCUUAAUGGCGUAGCACCAAUAAAAAAGUGACUCCUAGUUGUGUUUGGAAAGGGAGAGAAGAGAUGUCUGAGGAAGGUCAUGUUCUUUCAGCUUAUGGCAUUUCCUAGAGUUUUGUUGAAGCAAGAAGAAAAACUCAGAGAACAUAAAAUCACCUUUUAAAAUUGUGUGCUCUCUUCUUCACGUAGGCUCCUGUUAAAAACAAAGUGCAGUCAAAUUCUAAGCCCUGUUCAGAGACUUCGUGGAUCACAGCUGCAGCUCACUGCCACAUCACAGGGUCCGUUAAUGUUAAUAUUCAAUACUCUAUCAGUCACUGUAGGCUCUAAGAACCACGUGCAGUCUUCAGCCCAUUAAAUUAUCGAUUAUUUUUUAAUUAAUUGAAUUUAUAUUGAGUUUUCAAAUUAACUGAAUGGAUUUAAAGGGGUACCAAGGAGGGGGGAAACAUCAGAAUUUCCCAGGCAGUUGUUGCAAGGAAUUGCUACUAACUGUGACUACAACAGAAAUUCUUGAUUGACUUUUAAAGUUAUUUCCUGGCAUUCUGGUACCUUCACCCAGCCUGGGUGCCCUGGAGAGGGAACAGGAAAUGCUGAUCUCUACCCCUGGGUGAGACCAGAACCUCAGGGCUGAUACUGUUGAGUGGCUUCCUCGGUUUACUCUGUGUACUGUGAAAGUAUUUUCAUAUUUUUUCUGUGGUGAAAAAGGACAGCUUCUGAGUAUGGUAAUUGUGCCUCUAGCACCUAACCUUUCAAAGCCCACCUGAAACCUGGGGGUGGAUGAAAGAACUAGAAUAGAAGACUGAAGCUGGGUAGGCCGCUCAGUGUCUCCACUGGCAUUUUGCUAAACCGACAAGGAAGGCUGUGUGCUUAGCUCUCCCCAGAGGGAGGGCGAGAAGGGUGUGGUGAUGGUCAAUCUGGCUGUCGGAACAGAUUCUGGUGUCUUGGGCUGAUAACAGUGUUGUUGAUUCUGAUUGUGAAUCCCCUCAACUCUAGCAGACACAUACACACCCCUGAAAUGGGGCUGCAGAGCAGACUGUCUCAGCCUUGCCACUGUUGGCAUCUCGGGCUGGGUAAUUCUCUGUUGUGGGGACUGUCCUGUGCCUUGUAGGAUGUUUAGCAGCAUCCCUGCCCCCACCUACUAGAUGCCAGGGGCACUGUUCUCCCCCCCCCCCCGCCCCCAGUUGUGACAAUAGUCUCUAAACAUUGUCAAAUGGUCCAAGGAAAGGGGAAAAUUGCCCCGGUUGAGAAGAGCACUGCUGUAAAGUAAUGAGCCUCGGCUCUCCUGUCUGCACCUGUACGGUUACUACUUGGCCACCACGCAGCCUUGGCUCCUACAGCCCAAAAGAGAGAAUGGAGGGAGGCUCCAGGCUUUGCUGGAGGGGCCUGGGUAAGUUCUGUUUGCUCCUUGUACCACCAUCCAAAUGGUGUUCUCAAAUCUCUUAGAUUCCAAAGAGGUUGAAUAAUUAAUGUUCAAAGGCAAGAGGGCAAGGCAUUUUUUAACACACUUUUUAAAAUAAAAUUUUAUACCACAA